CAUUUUACUAUCUGGAGUUUUUUUUUUUUUUACUCUUGGAUGAUUUUUUACAGCUGUCUUGUUGACAAUUUAACAUUUUUUGAGCUUCUAUGUGUACAAAAUAGUUGCUUUUAGACUGAUAAAUAUUGGAUAAACUCUAAUCAUACUAUCAAUCCUUUGCACAUGAGUUGGAGUGUUAUAAAUAAUAUUUCACAUUAAAGUAAUGUUUAAUAUAUGACUUAGAAUAUUUUAAUCAGAAAAAUUGUACAUGUUAAUUCCAGUCCCACAGACCAAAUAUAUAACUUAAAAAUCUUCAUUACACAGAAUAUCCAGGAUGAGCAGAGACCAUUAGUUCAUGUAGAAACAUUUAAUAUUCUGGAAUAAAUCUUCAAAAAGUCCAAAAUCCUUUAUUUUUUUUGUCUUUCAACCUUUUCUAUUUUUAGUUCUUCUUCUUGUCUUCUUACCCUUGCUUCUUAUGAUUGUUUGACCUGCCUUGAUAUUAAAUACCCAUUGGAUUUUGAAGACAUUACUUUUUGGAGACAUGACAUUACACUUUGGUGGAACUUAAUGGAAAGGAUUGAAGGGUUUCUGGGACUCUGAAUUCUUAUAGUUUGCUGUUAACAUAGCUUUAAAUCUUUUUAUCACUUAGGAAGCAGUAGUGUAAUUAUUUAUGAUCAUAUUUUAUCCCCCUUGCCAACUGAAAGUAAUCUGAAAGCAGAAUUAUUUUGUGCUUGAUUUUAUAUUUUUCAUAAUCCCUGUUCAUGUUUAGAAUUUUAUUUGGCUAUUAAAAACACAUUACAUAAAAUGAAUCAUUUUAAUUUGAGUCCCCAACUUUAAGAGCUUUUUUAUUUUUUAUACGCUUAUCUUUAUUAUACUGUUUGAAUAGAAUGUGGAGUUUUUGCUUUGUGAAAGUAAUAUUACUCUUAUAUUUCCUAUUCUAUCUAUAUCUACCUGGUUCUCAGGUAUGACUUUAAUUACUAAAUUUUCCUCCUAAAUGUUUAAUUGGUUUUUAUAAAAUACCCUAAAUAGAAAUAAGGGUACUUUUCACCACCUACCAUUGUAUUUGACAGCUCAUCAUUUCAAUCAGUUUAAUUCUGUGUUUCUCCAACUCUCUAACUGAUAUUCAAAUUUCAUUUUGGAUAUAUGCUUUUCACAGUGAGAGAGUCUAAACCUAUUGCUGGUAUGUUAAUACUUUUCACUAUUCUAACUAUGGUAAUGCUUUUAGCUAUUAACUAUUUCUUAAAUUGAAAUUCAUCAUAAAUCAGUAAUUAAGUACUGUGAGUUCUAGAGCUCCCUGGAUCAAAUUCUCCCUGUACUAAUUGUUUUAUGUGUAUGUAGCCUUAGGUAAAGGGUUUGUUAUUCAGUUCCUUGGUUUUCAUUUAUGCAUGAUAAGUAUAAAUUCUCCUGCAUAGUUUUUUUAAUCAAGCAAGUUAAUAUUUAUAAAUUGUUUAUAAUAAUGUCUGGCAAGUGAUAAGAACAUAAUAAAAUUUAGUUAGUAUUAUAUCCAAGAGGAAAAUAAAUUACUGGUUGCAAAAAGACAACCUAAAAUGUCAGAAAGUCAUUAUGGUCUUCCACAUUCAUCUUAUUUCAUGCAAAAAAUUAUCUUUUAUAAAGUCAUUUUCAGAUUAACUUAGGAUGUCUCAAUAUUUUGAACAUUGUAUGGUAGAGUAAAAAAUCUAAAUGUCAGUUUUUACACGUUCUAGAAAGUCAAAUUCCAUGAAUGUGGAAAAAAGUUUGGGACUACAAAGAUUAAAGUGCCCUCAAGGAAAGUUUAGACUACCUUAUGUUAACAGUUGUAUCUUUCCCAAAUUUACAAGUUGCCUGAGAUCUCUCAGAGGUCUGAGUAGGUGUUUGAAAUCUUUGUGUGUUUCUUUUCACUAAUAGUGUUUUUCUUAAGAAGAAGUACACAAUAAUAUUUUGAUGAUGGGGAAGUAAACCAUUCGUAUGGACAGUGUUAUAAAAUAACUUUUAAAAUGUGCUUUCUUAGCAAGUAGAGAAGACUAUAAUCACCAGUCUUCAUUAAACAUUAAAUAGGGUCCUUACACGUCUCUAAGAGUAUUUCAUCCUGCCAGACAGAAAUCACUGAAUUAUCAAAAUACAGCCUCUGGCUUCAAAAGUUUGAGGUAAAAUGAAGAAUACGAGUCAUACAAUGGAAUGGAAGGCAUUAUAACAAGCAUGAAGGAGGUAAAUAAUAAUGAGGUUGAAGUUGAAAGAAAAUCACUUCCUAAUUGACUUUUUGAAGAAACACCUGAAGGAGCGUAGUGUUCUCAGUGUUUUUUAUAUGGAUAAAUUUCCCCUGGGAGAAUAUUGAGAAUAAUGGACAUUUCUGUGAAGAAGAAAAUAAGCAAAAUUGAAGACAAAGAAAAGAAUCAAUAUGACUGGAAAUAUGGAAAAAUCUACUUAUAAAGGCAGAAAAAGUAAUGUGAGAAAAUCUCUUGAUUUUGACCACUAGACUUAGAGACUUCAAGCAGAUUAAGGAAUUUUGAUUUCUCUUUAGAAUUAAUUGGGAGCUAUCAAAAUAUUUUGAGCAAAAUAACUCAAGGCCUUUUCAAGAAGGUUGAAUGGGAGAACAAACAAGCUACUGCAAUAAUCAAGGAUAGCAGCAGUUGUGAAAGUGUCCCUUAGGCUAUUAUCAGUAAGAAUGUGAAAGAAAAGAUAGAUAUGUAAAAACAUCAAUAUCAUAAUAAAUGGUCAUGAUUUUGCCUUUAGACUUAAGAAGCACUACAGUCUAGAUUUACUUGAUCUACUUCCACUUUGUAAUAAGAUAAUAAAACUCACAAAAGAGCCUUGUAGAACCUAGGCAGGAAAAGAAUCCUUAGCAUAUCUUUAAAAACAAAAAUCACUCUAAGCACUAAGGAUGAACAAUAAUGAAAUUAAAACGUAUCACAGAAACAAUGCAUAGAAAUGUACAAACGAUGUUGGAGAUUAUAAAGAAGAGAUUAUUACAAAUGAUAAGGCUUGUAAAGGAUCACACUAUAUAGAUGUAGGAAUGCAAUAUGUUUCUGGAAACAGAUUAUAUAAAUGCUAACAAAGAGAGAAAUCUAAAAUAUUUUCUGUCCACACAAGAUCUUACUUUUCUUGAAAUAUUUUAUACAUCUUCAAUUCAUAAAAUUACGAGAGAAAACUACUUCAAUUGUUUGCUCAUUUUUCUUGAUUUCUUUUUUCAGACACGAGCAGGUUUCUUUUUCAUCAGUAGGUUUCUGGGUCCCUAGGUUCAGUAGGGAUAGUGACUUGUUGAGUUCUCUUACACCAGAAUGCCAAAUGGAUACAUAUGGGAGAUUCUGAAUUUCAGAACAAAAUAAUUUUCUCAUUUAAAAUUCAUGCUUGUUUGAAUGAAUGAAUCCUUUUUGUUGUGACUUCAUUUCUGUCAUUUACAAAUGACGUGGAAAGCUUUCUGCACCUAAGAAGGCACACUCAAGUCCAUACUAAACUUUUAGAGGUGGUCAGUCUGCUAAGAACGCCUCUAGUAAGAGAAACAAGGUCUUCUAUUUCAACAAUGAUUAAUUUUGAAAAAUUAAAAGAAUGGAAUAAAGUUUUGCAGAAUAAUGGAGGAAUGUUUACUGAUGAAAUUUGUACUUACACUUUGGGCCACGUGAUGUCACUCUUUGCCGCGAUGUUCUCUCUGAAUCAAGACAAAUACAGUCAUCCUUUUUUUCCCACGAGUGAGACGUCCCGUUCUCUUUUACUCUCUCUCUGCUGAACAAUGGCGACCCUAGCAGAAUGGGACUGACGAAAUCACAUGAUUUCUCAUGAUUUUGAGGCAUUUCUCAGCAAUUAGAAAAAGAUCAAGUACUUGAAAUGUUGUGCUCAGGUCAAGGAGACCCAGAGGCCCGGAAUCUACUGCUCUCGCUUCUGAUUCUAGCAAUCUGGGAGGCGGGGGGCUGCCAGCUCCACUACUCGGUCCCGGAGGAGGCCAAGCACGGCACCUUUGUGGGCCGCAUCGUGCAGGAUUUGGAGCUACAGCUGGCGGAGCUGGUGCAGCGCCCGUUACAGUUGGAUUCCAAAGGCCGCGGGGACCUUCUGGAGGUGAAUCUGCAGAAUGGCAUUUUGUUUGUGAAUUCUCGGAUCGACCGGGAGGAGCUGUGCGGGCGGAGCGCGAGUGCAAGCAUCCACCUGAGGAUGAUCGUGGACACGCUGCAGGUGUUCCACGUGGAGGUGGAGGUGAAGGACAUUAAUGACAACCCGCCCGUGUUCCCAGCGACACAAAAGAAUCUCAUCAUCGCGGAAUCCAGGCCGCUCGACUCUCGGUUUCCACUAGAGGGCGCCUCGGAUGCGGAUAUCGGGGAGAACGCCCUGCUCACUUACAGACUGAGCCCCAACGAGUAUUUCUCCCUGGAUGUACCAACCAAGGAUGAGCAGGUAAAACCUCUGGGGCUUGUAAUACGGAAGCCUUUAGACAGGGAAGAGGCCCCGGAGCUUCAUUUAUUGCUCAUGGCCACCGAUGGGGGCAAACCCGAACUGACUGGCACCGUUCAGUUACUCAUCACGGUACUGGAUGUAAAUGACAAUGCCCCAGUUUUCGACAGGACCCUCUACAAAGUGAAGUUGCCAGAAAAUGUCCCCAAUGGAACGUUGGUAAUUAAACUCAAUGCCUCAGAUUCAGACGAAGGCUUGAAUGGGACAUUAUUUAUUCAUUCUCUAGUGAUGCUUCUCCAGAUAUAAAAUCCAAGUUCCACAUAGACCCCAUAAGUGGGGAAAUUACCGUGAUAGGACUAAUUGAUUUUGAAGAAAGUAAAGCCCACAAGAUUCAAGUAGAGGCUACUGAUAAAGGGUUCCCACCACUGGCUGGUCACUGUACAGUUCUUGUGGAGGUUGUGGAUGUGAACGACAAUGCUCCACAGCUGACUGUCAAAACUCUGGCUUCCAGUAAAAGAGAAUGCACAAAUGGGAACAGUUAUCGCCCUUGUCAGCGUGACUGACCUAGAUGCAGGUGCA